GUCGUCGUCGUGAAUAUGGGGGUCCGUCGUAUCGUCUGUAUUGCAGCACUUUCCAGUGUACAAGUCGCUGUCACAAAAAAAAGCUACGCUUUUCCGUACAAAGAAGCAUUGCCACCGCUCUCCUUUUUCAUCGAUCUGGAUUUUUCAUUCUGUUUCACAAUUGUAGCCCGGAUGCUUUUUUUUUCGCGGUUAAAUAUUGAGCAUUACUUAUUCUGCACGAAUUUGUUUUAUCGCAUCCCGAGCUUGAGAUCCAGUGGUGUAUUACACAAACAAGUACCGACGAAGCAAGACAAUUUUGUGUUGGCGCUUCAGAACAUCAGAAAAGUUUUUGUGCUUCUUUGAGACACCAGAAUGUCGCGCGUUGGGUUGGCCAACUUCAAGCUGCAGGCGGCAGUGCCAAACCAGCACGACAAGGUAUGGAGGGAAGGCCUCAACCGUGAACAGUGGGACCACCUGUAUCAUGCCAUGCGCGUCGAGGAUCCGAAGAGAAAAUACACCUACAAGUACUAUGUUCCUUAAAAAUUACACAACCUGUCAUCAUGCGUUUUUACUGUUCACCCUCAGAUGUAAUAAAUAAAACCCGUUCUUCUUGCAGUCUGUGACCUAUGCGCUGCAGCAGGGCGGCUUUGGUCUGCGCAUCUAUUGCUGUAUCAUACCUGCGAUAAAAUUCUUAUUUUCAAAUUGAAAGUGACCAGAGGUGGAACUACCGAAAAAAAAAAACACACACACACACACGACAGGUCAGCACAAACGGAAGGGAAGGACAAAUUCGCAAAAACAUGGCACAUCAUGAGCCACAUCCACAGCUCCGCCGCCGGCCAAGGGUCAUACCACUACAACGUGCAGAAACCGGUGGGAAACGUGCAGGUUUGUUAUUCUACCCAGGUUGUAUGUACUUGAUAUCUGACUGUAUGUGUAGAAGAAAUCUUUGACGCGAGAAUUUUUCCAAGAGGUAUGCAUUUUCGAAUUCUCUAAUGAAAAUUACAAACCAUGAGAUUUUUUUUUUAUCUUUUCAAACACCGUACUGUUUAGAAUUCUUUAGACACUGGCGGCAGAAAAUGAAAAAAAUCAACGAUAAAAAUCGACAAAACGACACGGACACCAGUGCUACUUCCCCUCCGCGUCCUUCUCCUACGUGCCGCACGUAACGGACAGCGAGAACGCCGAGAACCGGCAGUUGCUGAAGCAGACAGCGUUGUUUGAGAACGCGCCCCAACCGCAGGGGUUGUCGGACUACAUUCUGAGCAGGAAACACAAAGACCAGCUGUGGAACCACUCACGGGGCGCGAAGGUGGACAGCCGGGGCGCGAAGGUGCGGUCCGUCUCGCUUCGCAACCUUGGCUACGACAAGUCGACCUACAACGAGGCGUACUACAGAGAGGGGCUCUUCAACUCGGACUCCCGGAACCUGCACGACGGCGGCGUGCAGGAGGCGAGACUAGCGCAGCCAGGCAGCCUGCUGCUGAACCACACGCACCCCGCGGACGGGCGGUUCCAGCCGGGUCCCUGGACACGACCGCGAACGAUGGGCGCUACGGGCAGCAGCAUCAACGUCGCAGGAGCAGCACAGCCCUCCAGCGCCGACCACCGUCCCGCGACGACCGGCCAGCACAACGCAUCACCCGCAAAGUCACAGCACUCCAGCACACCGCAGGUCGGGGACCAAAACCACUUGCGACUCGCGUCCACGCACAGCGGCGGGUUUUUCCGCGACGCGCACGGUGCCCAGAACGCCUACCGCAACGACGUGUACGACAGCACGGUGGGCCGAUUCGACCAAAUCCGGGACAACAAGUCCGAAAACGGCUCCCACCGGGGCCACAAAACCUUCAUGGACGUGAAAAACGACCCCUCCGUCACAAACCCGAAGAUAAGGCACUCCUACUCACUUGGCUGUUUUUGCUUACGUCGAUGAUGAUUAUGAUUACUAACGAUAUGUUGAGAUCUUUUUGCUGUAGUACGUACUAAGUACGUAGUUGAAGGUACUUGUGUCGACGUUUUGCAGUGGUGCGUCUUGCGUGUCAUGUGUAGAAAUUGUCAAUAUCCAACACAGGUAUUCUAAGACAGUGUCGGGACCGUUCUUCCAAGCGGGGCGUGAACAGGAGCGCGCUACGAACAACCGCACUGCGGCGGGACCGCUGAACUCCUUCAAUAAGCGUACUCGGCAGCACCCACCACGGUAUACUGCUCUUGUCGGAUACGAUUCUAUGCGUAGCAUCGCGCGCAGGUCCAGUUGUGGCCCUGUAUUCAGAUCGAGAAUAGGUGUCAUCUGCCGAUUAGCAUUGCAAUAGGACUCGUCAUGAUGAAAUUUUUUGCUACUUGUCUAGCUACGCACACGUAGAAAAUCACCACGAAACUACAGGUACGAAACGACGGAUCGUGACGUACCCGCAGCGCGCGCUCGGCGAACAAAUCAGCCCAACGCACCGAGCUUCCAGCGCGUCUACGCAGUGUAGGAGAGUCGUGAUGCGAGCCUGUGGUCUUUCGACGAGCGAUAAAGGUCGGUCCGGAGGAAGAACAAUACCAACUUUAUUCGAAACUUCAGGGAAGAAAAAGAAGGUUACAGUUGAGUUUUCGUGUUGAAAUAUUUAUCACAUUUUUGGCCGAGAAGGCGUGACGCUACUACAGAUCAUAUGCCUUGAUUUUACUACUACAUUACAACAACUUUUCACAGUCAGUACAAAUCUUUCAGAUUUAUUAUCAUCAGAACCAGACAGCACCAAUCGGAGAGCAGCAGUGCUGCCUUCGCGGUUGAAAAAAACAAAAUGUACCAUCUUUUCGUUUGUGACACUACAUUUCUAGAGUUGAUGCAUCCUGUGCUUUUAUUGGGUCAUUGUCACCUUCUGACAACGCUAUUUGUAAAAUUGUUUUCGCGUCGAAUCUUGUUUCACUCCAAGUCGUAUAAUGAGAAAAAUGUACUCUAAGUCGCGCUCUGCCCGACGGCUUCGGGCAGAACCAACUGUAUUGGAAACAGGAAGCCAACUAUCGACGACGCUUUUGAAGAUUUUGUAGCAGAGAAAAUCAAACACCGCAGCGAAUUUUUGCCGAAAAGAAAAAACGCUGCCCUGCAGGUUGGUGCCUGAAGUUUUCCUGUUUUCGUCGGGGUCCAUCUAGUGGAGGAUCCAAAACGGCUCCAACGAAAAGCCGAAGCUUCUCUUCGAAUACGAUCGAACAUUUCAUCGCGUGUAAGUAGUACGCAUCCACCCGUUCUUCCCAGCCAAUAGUACUGCCAGGCUGCUGAUAUCUUGGCCAGCGUCCUGGCCGUUGGUCGACAGUCAUCAAACCGUAGUUUUUGUGUUUGUAGAGUUCUUUCAAUAACGAUUUUGAAAAAGCUCACGCGCUUUGCAUACAACUCUAAUAUCAGUAACUCGGAGGCUUGUUUAAAUGUGAAGACCUAGCUGAUGCCAUGGUGCUGAUUGUGUACGCCCUGAUUUCCCGUGGCGAGAUAUCAAAAGUAAAAAUGUCUGGGUCUGGAAACUUGUGAUGCUGGGUGGCG